AUGGCCGAGCUGCUCUCCCCCAACCAGUCAGCUGCUCUGUUUGACAUCCUGACACACUACGACACUUAUGCUGAGAUUCGCGAAUUCAGAAGACCGGGGAGCCUCGCUCAAUAUGGGCCCCCUUUCACCACCAAGGAGAAACAACCCUCUACCUCACCGGCCCUUCAGAUAUUGGUGUCCAAGUUUCUGUUGACAUUACCCGGACUGAGGAAUCUCCCCGAAGAUUUCUGGAAAGUCCAAUGCCAAGAUAUCAUCGAAAACCUGGAGAAGGCGAAUCUGUCGGAGAGUUACGAUAAGGGCGUCAUCGGAAGUCGCAAGACCUUGGCCACCGCCGUUUCCGCCUUGAUAGAAUAUCCCGUACGAGGUACAUAUGGUGGUUUUCCUGAGAUUAAGAAUCACAGCAAGGAGUACGACAUCACCAGCGCUGCCGAUUUAAGUCGAGGCUUUCGUGAUUUCCUGAACGAUGCUAUUCACGGCGAUGUGCUCGACAAGAUGGUUGCCAAAACCGCCGAAACCGACGACCUGGAGGAUCAUGAUUCUCAAACAAAAGCAGUGCAUGAGUAUGUCCUUGUCAACCUCGCAUCUUUGAUGCAUUACACGCUCAUCUUAUCACCCAAAGGACAAUACCUGCUCAAACUUGUCGACAAUGCCAACAAACUGGUGCCCUAUCUUGUCCUCAAGCAAACUCUCAAGAUUGGGAAUGUCGCAUCAAUGCUGCAAGCAAUGGUCAAAGUCGGGCUGGCCAAGAUGAGUGUCGCCAGUGUGACCAACUGGAUGGGGCUGACACAGACCCAAGACGAGGGUAUGAAUUUGAUGCAGACCAUCAUCUCGACCGUCCUUAACUGGGACAUCAAAGAACUAGAUUCUCGAGCCUCUAAGCUUGAACGGGAGCGGGCCAAGUUCGGAAAGGAACAACUGCGGUGUCUGAAGCAUUACACCACCAAGCCGCAAGAGCAACAAGAUCAAAUUCGAAAAGAAAGCCAGAAACAAUCCAUGUCGAUCGUGACCGCGAUCCUCAAAGACGCCAACAGUCCCUCCACAGAACUCACCGACUCUCAUCACGCACAAGCUCUCGAGUAUCUCUCCGUCCACCUAUCCAUCCGCGACCGCAAGCAACUGGUGAAAUGCUUGUGCCGCAGCACACCCGACCAUCUGACGACCUCCGUGCGACAGUUGGUCGACGCCUAUGAACCAGUGAUUCGGCGGAUGCACAAAGCCAUUGAUCUGUCCUCGACGUUGGCCGACUUUGAGUACUUUCUCAAGGACCUCAUCAAGCUCGCCAGGAUCCAAGUCGACAAAGGAGGCAAAUCAGUAGUCCCAACGGUGGGCGACUUUGUCCAGUUGCUCCGAAAACAUCAACGAUCCUGUCACGUAUUCAUGCACCAAUGCUGCAAGAACGACAAGGAACUGACGGCGUGGUACCUCGACUGGGCCAAAGCGGCCGCUCGACAAUUCAAGCGAGAGCCCGGUGAAGAAUUCAGUCCAGACGCCACGGCCAUGACAGAGAAAGGAGCGGGCUCAUUGACGCCGAGCCUCCUCAAGCUCUUCGCCUCUCUCCCACAAGACACGCAGGACAAGAUCGUGCCGAUUCUCGACUCGCACUCCCGAUUCCUCUCCAACAUGCACGAGCAAUCGUCCGCGCGACUCGCAAACGUGCUGAAAUCGCCACCGACGAAGAACCCGGCCAUCUCGAAAAUAUUCUCUUCGUCGGCCUCGCGGCCAAAUUCCCGACCUUCGAGUCCCGCUCCAGGGAUUGACCGCAAGGCCAAUAGCGCCACCCCGGUCCCUCCAGAGCCCGCCAAAAAUGACGCCCCCGACUUUGCAACCCCGGAAAUCCACUCGAGCCCCGGACCGGGCGCGUUCCUCGCACGCUGGCAGACUCUACUUGACGCCACGCCGAUCACACCGUUGACGCAGACCGGGACUUUGAAUGCAGCCAGCAGCCCAGAGAUUGUCCAAUCGAGCGCGAAGGACGUCGACGGAUCGACGCUCGUGCAAUUUGGCUCGAAAGAGGCACGAGGCGAUGAGAUCUGUGUUGAGCCGACGACGGCCAGUACUGGGACUGCCACCGGGGCCGACGCUAAUCCAGCGAAGGCUCCAGACGGUCUCGGACAGAACACGCGCCAGAGACAGGCCGGGCUGAGAAUCGUCGUGGAUGCCCUCGGCUCAGACUUCAGAAAGCUGUUGGCUGAGAAGGGCUGUGCCUGGUGA